AUGGAGAAAGUUCCCCAAGUUAGAGCUCGAGUGAUUGAUUGCAAACAAGGAGCAGUUCGCGCUGUGCGAUAUAAUGUUGAUGGAAACUACUGUUUAUCCUGUGGAUCAGACAAAACAGUUAAGUUAUGGAAUCCUAUAAAAGGAACUCUUCUCAAAACGUACACUGGAACUGGUAAUGAAGUUUUUGAUGCAACCUCUUCGUCUGAUAAUUCACAACUAGCGACUGGUGGUGCUGAUAAAGCUGUUACUGUGUUUGAUGUUGAAACAGGUAAGCAGUUACGUCGAUGGAGGGCUCAUGGAGCGAGAGUUAAUGCUGUGGCUUUCAAUGAAGAGUCGAACAUAGUUUUCUCGGGUUCCAUGGAUUGCACCAUGAAAGCAUUUGACAAUAGGAGUCGGUCAGACAAGGCUAUUCAAGUGUUUAAUGAAUCCACUGAUGGAGUCUUAUCUAUUGAUGUCAAUGGACAUGAAAUAGUAGCUGGAUCUGCAGAUUGUAACUAUAGGAUUUACAGUGUCCGUGAUGGAAACGUUCACAUUGAUUUCAUGGGGGAAAGCGUCAACUCAGUUCAUUUCACUCCUGAUGGUAACUGUGUAUUAGCUUCAACUCAAGAUGGAAAUGUUCGCUUGAUGGACAAGUCGAAUGGAAAGAUGUUGACUCAGUAUAAAGGACAUACCAACUCUGAAUACAAGAUUGAAAGUUGUAUACUUCAAAACAUCGAGCAGGUAGCGACGGGUUCAGAGGAUGGUUUAAUUUACAUAUAUGGACUGCUGGAUUCGAAUGUUCUAGCAAAGCUUGAACAUCCUUCAAAGAUUGUUCAUUCCGUGACUGCCCAUCCAAAGAAGCAGCACCUGCUAUCAGCUGCUGGACAACUACUGUAUCUGUGGGUCCCGAAGAAUGACGACGAUUUUGAAUGUUGA